UUCUCGUUCUAUACAGGUUUGGUAGCCAAAGUGUUCCCCGUUGAGAAACUUCUAGAAGAAAGUAUCAAGCUAGCGGAGAGAAUCGGAACCCACUCUCCACUGAUCGUAAAGCUCGCCAAGCAAGCGGUGAAUCAAGCAUAUGAGACCACAUUGAAGUCAGGCCUGCUAUAUGAGAAGUCAUUGUUUUAUGGUACUUUCGCUACGGCUGACCGUCAAGAAGGAAUGAACGCAUUUAUCGAAAAGAGGUCUCCCAACUUUAAAAAUGAAUAAGUUUGUAUUUUUAUACAACAAAAAUCAUGUGUCAUCAUUUUUUAAAAUAGCUAUGUAAGGAUAAAUGCAAUCUACCGGAUAUAUUGGAUUUUUUAUAUAUUUUUACACAACUGGUACUGCCAAUAUAUGUUUGUUUUUAA